GUUGAAUUUGUCAGUGAGCUCCGUCAGGCAGGUUUAAUCUAACAGCCUGGCUGCCUUUUCCGGUCUCUCCACUGCACAAGCCUCCUUGGGAUAGACUGACAGCUCCCUGUUCCUGGAGGGCUGGAAAAUUUUCAUUAAGAUUCUGCCUGCGUUCCCCCCUCUCUCUGUUCCCCUCUCUCUGUCUCUCUGCCUCUUCCUCUCCUUCUCUCGCUCUCCUCUCUCUUCCCUCUCUCCAUGGCGGCCAGUAAAACAUUUGGAUUGAAACCUGUGAAAUUCCAGCUGGAACAAGCAAGCGAGUGGUUCAUGAUUGGAUCGGAGGUGGGAAAUUACCUGCGCAUGUUCCGGGGCUCGCUGUACAAGAAGUAUCCAUCCCUCUGGAGACGCCUGGCCACUGUCGAAGAGAGGAAGAAGAUUGUUGCUUCGUCACACGAUCAUGGCUACACCACUCUGGCCACAAACGUUACCCUGCUUCGUGCAACGGAGGUGGAAGAGAUUCUGGAAGGCAACGAUGAGAAGUAUAAGGCUGUCUCCAUCAGCACUGAGCCUCCGACGUACCUCCGGGAACCAAAGUCAAAGAGAAGUAACCAAUGGGUUCCCACCCUACCCAACAGUUCACACCACUUGGACGCAGUGCCCUGUUCAACCUCUAUCAACAGAAACCGCAUGGGACGGGACAAGAAGAGGGUGUUCCCCCUAUGUUUUGAUGACCACGAUCCCGCGGUUAUCCAUGAGAACGCCGCCCAGCCUGAGCUCCUAGUGCCGAUCCGGUUGGACAUGGAAAUCGAUGGGCAGAAGCUGCGGGACACCUUCACCUGGAACAUGAAUGAGAAGCUGAUAUCGCCAGAGAUGUUUGCUGAGAUCCUCUGCGACGACCUGGACUUGAACCCGCUGAACUUUGUGCCGGCUGUGGCCUCGGCCAUUCGGCAGCAGGUGGAAUCCUACCCCAUGGACAGCAUUCUGGAGGACCAGACUGACCAGCGCGUCAUCAUCAAGCUCAACACGCACGUUGGGAAUAUCCUGCUGGUGGACCAGUUUGAAUGGGACAUGUCUGAGAGGGAUAAUUCGCCUGAGAAGUUUGCGUUGAAGCUGUGCUCGGAGUUGGGCCUGGGCGGGGAAUUCGUCACGACCAUCGCCUACAGCAUCCGUGGACAGCUGAGCUGGCACCAGAGAACGUACGCGUUCAGCGAGAAUCCGUUGCCGAUCGUGGAGAGCGCCCUCCGGAACACCACGGAUGCCGACCAGUGGUGCCCCCUCCUGGAAACCCUGACCGAUGCCGAGAUGGAGAAGAAGAUUCGCGACCAGGACAGAAACACCAGGUACAGCACGACCACCUGGAGUCCGAGGAACACCAGAAUGCGGAACAGGAGUCGGCCGUUCGGCCCCUCGAGCUAUGUCUGCCAUUCAAUAAAACCGUGGCUGAUCUGAUUGUGGCCUCAACUCCACUUUCCUGCCUGGCCCUCCCCCCUCUGUGACCCUCGAGUCCUGUUGUCGAUCACAAAUCUGUCUCACUCAGUGUUGAAUAUAUUCCGUGACCAAGCCUCCGCUGCUCACAGGCAGAGAGAAAUGACCUUCUGAGAGCAUAAAUUCCUCCUCUGUCUUAAAUGGGGAAGCCCCAAUUUUUUAAGCUGUGUCCCCUCUUUUUAAGAGUUCCCUUUCCAAGGGCAAACGCCCUCUUGGCAUCCAACAAUAAACUGCUCAGAAUCUUACAUCCUUCACUGAGAUCACCUCAUUCUUAAUUUCAGUGGAUACAUGCACAACGUAUCCUCAUAAAAGACAUCCCACAUCAACCCAGUUGAGAGAAUAUCCCCUGAACUGCACAUGCAAUUGUAUCCUUCUUAAAUUCCAGAGAGCAAAACCGUACACUCUACUCCAGAUGUUGUAUCACAAAGGCCGUGUACAGAUGUGACAAUACUUUCCUCCUUUUAUACUCGAUUUCCCCUUACAAUAAAGGUCAAAAUUCCAUCUGGCUUCCUAAUUA